AUGCAAUCGAAUGGACAACAACUGCAAGAUGACGAGUAUUGCAUGGAGAGCAAUGUCUGUCUCUACGAAAACAAUGCAUUUUCAACGAACGUGUCGACAAUAGACCCGAUCUACCGAAGCAUCCCAUCACCGACAAUUGCAAAUAUCCCUAUGGAGAAGGCCAGUAUUCAAAAGACUGACAAAUUUUCAGAUAUGAGAUUCGAGAGUUCUCUAUUCCAGUCCAUGCAUGAGUUCUCAUCGCAGCUUUCAGUACCACCACCAUCGCUGACGUCACAAGCACAUCCGCCAAUGCCGAUUUCAUCCCAGGCACCCAUCUUAACGAAUCGUAGUUUCUCAAAUCCGUCUCAUCAUCAACAACAACAACAACAACAGCAACACCAGCCAACUCUUCAGAAACCGCCCACAGUUAAGUCAGUUUCGAUUUCUGGAAAGUUGGCUGACUCCAAGCAUGGUGAUAGUAGAAGCACUGAAAAUACAGCAAACAGCAGCGAUGCAAGACGUUCCGUAAAUGGAGGCAAACGAUCGAGAAGACAACGCACACAUUUCACGAGUCAGCAACUGCAUGAAUUGGAGUCGACCUUCAUGCGGAAUAGGUAUCCUGAUAUGAAUAUGCGAGAGGAGUUGGCCUCAUGGACAGAUUUGACGGAAGGAAGAGUUCGGGUGUGGUUCAAAAAUCGUCGAGCUAAAUGGCGCAAGCGAGAACGCCACCUGGAGGCGAUCCGCAACAGUUUCAAUCAGCAGCAGCAUCAUUACUCUUCGGGCGUUUCACACCAUAAUCCGUUCGCUCCUCUCCUAUUUCCCACCCAAUCAAAUCAAUUCCCGGCUCCUCAACAGUAUUCACAAUCUCACCAACCACCAUUGCACCCUCCAUCGUCAGUAAACUCCCAGACGAAUAUUUCGGCCACAGCUGCUGCUGCAGUAGCAAUGGUCGCAUGGAGACAGUCUGGGAAGCCAUCAAGUUCCACAAGUUUCCUAUGGCCUCCGAUGAGGUCAGAAGUGAGCGAGGAACCACGUCUGCUUGGAAAUCCAACCCAGUCACCGUGUCUUCAACAUGAAUACCCUGUCUUCACACCUGAUACAACAGGAAGCUUCGAUAUGAAAUGGAAAGUCGAGGAGAAUGGUAUUGAGAGCGGGGAAGAAGACGAUAUUGAAGAUGAGGACCAGGAUGAUGAAGAGGGAAGAGAUCAAGAAGGUAGUUUGAACUUUCAGCAAAGUCCCGACUAUUCAUCUCAACUACGACAGCUACCGUCUUUACUGCAUAUUCAGCAUCAACAACAGAGUCAUCCGGCGUUCUACGAGUUCCGACAAAAUCUCGAUCACGAGGAAUUUCAUCACCAAAUUCAACAGGGAAAUCUGUUUGGAAGAAUUCAGACAACGGAUCAAUUGCACGAAGUCAGUGGAAUCCAAUUCAGUCACCCCGAUGGAAACAUGCUUUCUUGA